AUGGCUCCUCCCAAGAAGGGUCCCUUCAGUGGGCAUCGUAAAGUACAACUGCAAUCUGUUGAAAAACCAUUUGAUCAUUUUUUUGUCGUACAGCGUGUUUCCGAUACAAAAGAAAACUUUCAUAAUGUGUCUCCUUUUCUUGUUGAAAAGGCUUUCGUUGCAACGAUUGGUGAUGUCUCAUCUAUUCGUAAACUUCGCUCCGGCGAUUUGGUAGUGGAGGUUAGUUCCCGCCAACAAGCACAGAAAAUUCUGAAACUUAAAGCCUUAGCAACUAUUCCCAUCACUGUUAGUGCUCAUAAAUCUCUGAAUUCCUCCAAGGGUGUAAUCACUUGCGGAGAGUUAUAUAAUGUCCCUAUUGAGAUUAUUACAAAAGAAUUGAGCGGUCAAGGAGUGACUCAAGUACGUGAAAUAACAAUUAGACGGAACGGGGAACUUCUAAAUACUAAAUACUAUAUUUUAACAUUCAAUAACCCAAAACUGCCAGAAUCUAUUAAAGCUGGGUAUAUAAAUUUACCUGUCCGUCCUUAUAUACCAAACCCUCUACGUUGUUUUCAGUGCCAUUGUUUUGGACAUGCAAAAUCAAACUGCCGUGGAACUCUAACUUGCGCACGUUGUUCGGAAAAGGGCCAAGACAGUCAGCAGUGUGCCGCAUCUGAAAAGUGCAUUAACUGCAGUGGCGAUCACACUGCAUAUUCUCGACUCUGCCCACGUUGGCAAUUAGAAAAACAAAUUGUAACUGUUAAAUGGGGUCAAUUCAUGUGA